GACGUUGCUUGGAUGGCAGCAUAUGUUGCUCCAAAACCUAUUUUACCUUUGAAUUGCAUUUUCUUUUGUAUGGACAGUGCCAUAUCAGUAAAGUUGAAUUGAAUUGAAUUGAAUUAAUGUUGCCUUCACAGAUGUGUAAGUUACCCACGCUUUGGGCACUAAUGCACCCUCAUACCAACACAGAUGCUGGCUUUUGAACUUUGUGUGGAUAACAGUCUGGAUGGUUCUGUUCCUCUUUGGCCCAGAGGACACGACGUUCCACUAUUUACAAAAACAAUUUGAAAUGUGGUCUCAUCAGACCACAGAACACUUUUGCACUUUGCAUCAGUCCAUCUUCGAUGAGCUCGGGCCUAGAGAAGCAGGCAGCGUUUCUGGAUGUUGUUGAUAAAUGGUUUUCGCUUUGCAUAGUAGAGUUUUAACUUGCACUUACAGAUGUAGUGACGAACUGUAUUUGCUGACAGUGGUUUUCUGAAGUGUUCCUGAGCCCAUGUGGUGAUAUCCUAUACACAUUGAUGUUGGUUUUUGAUACAGUACUGCCUGAGGGAUCGAAGGUCACGGCCAUUCAGUGUUUGUUUCCACUUCUGUGCAGUGAUUUCUCCAGAUUCUCCGAACCUUUUCAUGAUAUUAUGGACCAUAUAUGUUGAAAUCCCUAAAUUCCUCACAGUACCCACCUGUUCCCAAUCAGCCUGCUCACCUGUGGGAUGUUCCAAAUAGGUGUUUGAUGAGCAUUCCUCAAAUUUCUCAGUAUUUUUUGCCACCUUUCCCAACUUCUUUGUCACGUGUUGCUGCCAUUAAAUUCUAAAGAUAAUGAUUAUUUGCAAAAAACAAUAAUUUUUAUAAGUUUGAACAUUAAAUAUGUUGUCUUUGUAGUGUAUUCAAUUGAAUAUAGGUUGAAAAGGAUUUGCAAAUCAUUGUAUUCCACUUUCAUUUACAAUUUAAACAUCUUCCCAACUUCACUGGAAUUGGGUUUUGUACAUUUUGAGUCUUGGUCCAGAAUAAGCUAAUUAAGAUAUUUUGGUUAUGCCCGACUAGUUGCACUACCUGAGUAUGGUGGCACUGUUUUUAUUAAGCAGUCAGAGUAUGGGUCAUAUUUUCAUUAAGGUAACAAGGUAAUAACUCACCUUGUCCUGAGGAAGCCCUGGUUCUGAAGCUGGAGGAAGCUGGACAAUAGUGGGAUGUGAGAGGCGCCACAUAUUCUCUCUAUUUCUCCCUCUCUGCUUCUCUGUACAGUCUGAACUCUUUGGCUUUAAAGAUUAUUGGUUGUACAAGAUGUUCUGUCUUUGUCCUUUAUUCUUUAUUCCCUAAUAUAGUUAGGAACAUACUUUGCUUUGAAAGGUUACAGAGAAAUUGAUUAAAAUGACUAAAAGAUUAAAAGAGAAAAUUCCCUCAUCAUAGGGUGCCCUGAUUAUUAAAAGGACAAAUGUUCAGUGUCCUGAAUUUGAAAACAGACACUGUUCUUUUAUAAAUAUUUGCUAUUCAGACACUGUAAGUCACAACAAGGUACUUCUUAUGUACAUUUAAGAUGUUGUUAUGAUGCAGUUUAAAGCUCCAGUAAGGAACUUUCACUUUGCAUUGAUUUUGGCGCCUCCUGUGGACAAAGUAGCACCUUUGAUCUCUUCGCUGGUCGUAUUCUGCACCCGGUUCCCUUUUCUGACAAUAUCACCCUGUGGUCUUCUUUAAUGUUGUGAAAAUAUUGGGUUUAAUGUCUAAAUUCUGCUUCAUAAUUUCAUAACAAACGUGAUGUAAUCCAUGAGAGGAGGGGUUCCUGCAUCAUGUCAUUUCAGUCUUCCCUUCACUUUCCAGACGAAUGAACCUCUGCUGAUCUGUUGUUGACAUACACCACCAGGGAAUCUCCAUGCUGAUUGCCUUUCGCGGAGUGAACGAUUCACUCAGGUUAUAAUUUUCCAACUCUCAUCAACCAGGAAUAAAGCAAAUGGAGCAGGUAGCAUGUUUAAAGCACCACAAAUUUCCAUCAUUUGCAUGUAUAAAUAGUUCCAUUUGCACAAAAAGUUUUGUCAGUCAUGUUGCCACAUUCAGGUCAUUUCUGUCGCCAACAAGAACUUGCCUAUUUGCGUCUUUACAUUGACUUUGCAUGCAAUUCACACACAAAUGAUUUAUUACCCAUUGGUGUAGACACAACCAAAAAGUCAAAUGUUGCCGAGUUGUUGUUUGGUUUUGUUUUUCCCAGUAUGAUGUAGAUUAUAUUGUCUGACACUUACUCUCCUGGCCUGUGUCUUAGUCUUACUAUCCGUGUCUUCAUUUGCUGUCAUGAGUCAUUAAGAGGCAGCAGUAUUGCUUUCAUUCUGCUGUGUAACCACUAAAAAAUCCUUACAGAGGCUGUAAACACAAACCCCACAUACCUGGACUGUGAUUAUAGAUGUUUAUGACUGUUUGCUUACUGACCUGGCUUAGGUCAAAACUUCAUUUGAUCUUAUCAGGGUGUGUAUAUAUAUUAAUUAUGUUUGUGUGUUAGCUUGGGUGUGACACAUGUAGGUGGCCUGAAUCAUGCCGGCUGCUGAUUGUGCAGCUGUGUCAGUCUUGUGUUGUGAUUUUGUCCGCCCAGCUGAUGGGGCUGAAAAACAGGAAGCUGGCCUUCCCGUACACUGACAGCAGCAGGGCAGGAGGCUGCCUGGGCCAACACGUUUUUGUCACUGCUAAGGCGCCAGUGCCCUGAGAUCAACAAUACAAGCAGACACCCCUUUUUAUGUGUCAUUACUGGAAUAAACCUGUACACUGAUGACUUCAUGCUCUUCCUUCCCGUAGAAACAGUUUCCUGAAGCAGACAGAGCGUUACAAAACAACCACACACAGCAGAUGUUUUGAUUUUCAUGAGCUGCUGAACACAUGACAGAGACAUGAUGGAGUUUUUUUUUUUUUUUUUUUUGGUCCUGAUCUGUUGCCUCAUUGUUCGGCAUAAUCAUCCACACUGUGUUCAUCUAUCGGAGGUGAAGCUUGCUUUGUUUGUCAAUCACACGUAGGCCACGUGCCCACUAUCUUUGGCAAAGAUCAGCAGUGUGCUGCAUUCUUCAAUAAAUCUCACAAUCCUUGCCCUUUGUUCAGCCACACACACACACACAGACACACACACACACACACACACACACACACACACACACACACACACACACACACACACACACACACACACACACUCUACAACCCAACCUGUAAUGCUAUGCUGCUUACUCCACCCAUUCCUGUCUAUUUCUAAUUUGUAGCUAUUCAAUACUGCCACACUCCCUCUCUUUCUCAGUCAAACACACACACUCAGACACACACACAUACUUUUUCAAACAGAGCAGAAUAAAUGGUGUGUGUCCUGCAGCCUUGCACAGCCGAUUGCAUGAUCACAUGUGCAGCAGAGGGCUGAUAUUCUGCGUUCAGGGUGACUUUGUCAUGGUACUGGCGGCUAGGGAUACACAAUCAGUAGAGGAGUUUAUAUUUAACUAAGCAGGGAAGAAGAAAAAAACACACAGGAAACCAAAGCAACACAUGCCAGGGAUAAUUAGUUUACCUCAGAUAAGAAAGGACAUGACCCAUAAAAUAAAAAUGUGAUAGUAAGAAGGAGGUCACUGUAGUUUCUCCUGUUUUUGAUAUAGUAUAAGUGGGGAAAUUCUUCACAUUUUCAGCUCACCUUAUGGAAUGCAGGCUGUGUGAGUUUAUGGGCAGGGCUUUGAAGCUCUAAGCCUCAGGAAUGAAGACAAGUGAUUUUUAGGUAUGGGCUAAACAAUUGUUCAAACCAGCUGAUCAUUUAAUCUUCUGUCAUCUCCUGGCAGUGGGUGCAGUCAAACCAGACUGGUGUGACUGGUGUUUUAGAACAAGGAAACAGGUUUACGACGUGCAAAGGUGCCCUCAAAUAUUCAGUGUUAAUAGCUUUCAAAAGAGAGAUUACACUGUACUUAUAACUUGACCUCUUUCAAUGGUUCAACCCUUUUAAAGGUUCAAAGUUGUCACAGAAAAUCUGAGCAUGUGUAGGGUAAAAAAAAAAAGAGAGGGGAAGGGGUAGGCUGUGCUCUUGUCCAAAAGAAAUGAUGGGAGGAGUUAAGAGCAGCAAAAACUUCCUCAGUCAGUGACAUGCUGUCUGGGAAAGCCUCUGUAGCACUCAGAGGAGCACACACUCACUCACUGACACACUUUCUUUUGCUGUUUUUCUUCCUCUGUGCUUUUGGGCUGACACGGGGAGAAUGACGGCAUUUUCAGCAGCUGUCAUGAGAUGCAGCACACUGGUUAAACGGUGAAAGCUCACACAGCAUACACAGAGAGAUACAUAUGUUGAUACACAUUCUUUCACGCACAUGAGGAAUGAAUUGAAAAGAGAGAGCUGGAAGCAACACAGAGGUAAGACUUGUUUUUUUCUACUCUUAGAAAUACAGCUUACUGCUCUAAAGUCAUCUGUUUAUAAGAUUACACACUGCUGUACUUUGUUCUGAGGUGUACAACCAUGUAGUUGUGGUCAGCCCACAUAAUAUAAGAUACAUAGUGGAGCUUUACAGAGACAGCUACUGCAAUGAAGUGAUUUCAGUUCCUCCUUUUGCUCUCUCUUGGUGUGAUAGUGUAUCUAUAAGUAAAACUAAUCUAUCCAUGACAACCUCAAGUUUUCUCAUGUCCCUUUUCAUAUUGAGUUAAUGUUUGUUGGAUCAUGAGAAUAAACUAUCUGUCCACAAAGUCAGGCAACUUUAUGCUUAUACUUACUCAGUGUUUGUUUCAGUGCUGUAGAAAUGCUGCAAUGUACCACCACAGUGGGAAUCUCCCUGCAGGGAUCUCUAUCCCAGACACACAGGCAUGAGAGUUAGCUAACAGGGGGUUAUGCUAAACUUAGAGUCCAAACCCCUGUCUCAUAUUACUCUCACACUGCUAACUCUUGUACCACAUUUUCCAAAUCUACAAACCAACACUGUAUACACACAAUCACAAUCAAAAAACACCCUAAACAACCCCUGCUUGUCACACACUUGAGCAUACCCAGACUCUGCUGACACCAUAUGUUUCUCAUUAGGCUGAAUGCUAUUGUCAUGGACCGCUGAGUGUCACAAUUGCAGUUCAGGCUUUUGCUGUGGUUUAAGACUGUGUGGGGAGUAAAUGGUCAUUUAUGGUAUGUGGUCACCGGGCAUAUCUAUCCCUGUCAUUAUAGGCCAAGCGAAAUGUGUUAGCGGCUUAACUUGUCUUUAAUCAUAUACAUAAUUAUGAGACUUCAGUGACGCCGCCUGGCUGCAGUGUGUGGUCUUGGGACUUAUCAGGAAAUGAAUCAACAAGUGUUCAAUAAAGACGACAUAUAUGCUCAGUUUUUUAGAGAUGUUCCCUUUUCUAAUGUGUUGGAGAGGAUGCCCUUGGAGACAACUGCUUCUCUUCAUGGAGCUUUUAGAGCAAACAAAGGUCCAGUAUGUGACUGCACAUAUCAGCCUUGAGCAGCCUGUGUUUAUUAGAUUAAAUAGAAUCUGUUGCACUAUGAGAAACAAGCAGAGGAGUCCAAAGAGUAUCAGGAUAUGCCCUGACACGCCUUUGGUCUGUUUACAGCCUCAUGCCUCAUAAGAUACCCAUGCAGAGAUCCAAUAGUGACCAUUCAGCUGACACAUAAACAAGAUGAAGAGAUGGGUGUUAUACAAGGAUAUCAGAUGCUUUGCCUCCAAGCAGUGGAACGAAAGAGUAAGAAAGACUAUGCAUUUGUUUUCCUCAGUUUGUCACAUCAAAUUGGUUCGCUUGCUUUAAUCCCAUACUGGUCAUAAAACAGCGGUCUAUUUUAAACUGUGGGUUAAAAGUAGCUACUUUGAAAGAGUUUUGUGAGUUUUCCAAAAGUUAGUCUGAGCAUAAACAGUAAAGUGAAUCUCUUUGAAGGCAUCUUGUUUAAUAAUAGAAACAUUCGGAGAACUCGGGUUGUGGAGUUUAAAAGAUUUAGAAAUUUGCUGCGCAUAGGCGUCUAAUAAAAGCUGCUGUCGAGAAGCAUCAUGGGAAAUGUGUCCAGCGUUUUGGAGAUGCAUCUCCCAGUAGAUAUGCUAGUCUCUUUAUAAUGUGUUUUGCUGGAUGCUUUUCCAAACUUCUUUCCUUCAAAAAGAAAAAGCUGAACAGAGGUGCAAUAUAAAAUCCCCACACUAACCCUCUGAAUGGCUUUGCAGAUCUUACAUCAUCCCCCAAAACAGGAAAACAAGGCCUCCCCAGGUGGUUGUGAGAGCUGUACAGUAUUUCCUUGCUCUUUCAGUCCUAUUCCUUCUCAAAUCAUCAAAACUCAGAAUUCAGAAUUCAGAGUGAAAAGGCAGUGGGACAUUUUUACUUUUUUAUAAAGCCUUGGUUGCAGGAAAUACCAUGUAAUCAUGGAAGGAAAUUUGAUUAAUUAGUCUGUAUGAUCUUUAUGAGGAUCAAACACUGUUGCAAAAAUAACAUUUAGUUACAGUGAAGCUACUGUUUUAGAGGUAUGUACUUUAUUUCAACUUAAAACAUUACAAUGUUGGAAAAUGUAAGAAGAAAUGUGUUCUUUUAGAUCUUUAAGUCUUGCACCUUUAGUUAGAGAUUCUGCCAAAUCUUUUAUCCUACUACUAUAUACUUUCUCGUUAUAAUCUCAGAUAUUGCCAGGCUUGGUUGACAUAGUUUCCACAAAUUAAUUUUUAUUUAUUGGAGAUUUUUUUCUUCUUCAACUCAGAUUGCACCCAAUACUUUUUCACCAGCAUUAGAUUCUAAGUUAUAUUUAUGUGGGCUACGUCAGUCAACUAAAUUGGGGGGAACACACUAAAAACAUUGUUAAGUUUAAGCACCAGCAGGGAACCUUGUAACAUUAUGAAGGAACAGGUGUUACAAAGAUGAUCAGUUUAGACCAGUUACUAUCAAAAUACUUACAUGAAUUUUGCUUUUGGUCAUCUACAGAAAUAACUUCCUUUAAAAAGUCAUAACAGCAUUAAUAUUGAACAUUAGCUCUUAUCUACAGGGGCGUGUUAAAGCUUUUUGUUGAGGGUGGCCCUGAGUAAAGCUGGUUGCAGUUGGGGGGCUCCAGAAUGUCUGUGAACUCCUGGAAAAAAAAAAAAAAAAUCAUAAACUUUUUUUUCUGUAAAUAUAACUUAAACAAAUUACAUUACAAUAUCACAUAGAUGUGGUAUUUAUGUGUGUAUCUUUUAACAGGGCAGUACUGCAUAAAUCUCAGAUUUAUUUAUUCAUUUGUUUAUAAAAAAAAGUAGCUACCUGUCAUAAUUUAUUUAUGAAUGGUAUGGACGGGUUUCUUGUAUACAAACAAUACUACGUGCUCACGCAACCAGGGGGCAAAAGCCUGCUUCAGAGUGAACAGAUAUCAAUGAAGAUGAUGUAUUGUUUGCAAGUUCUCCCUGACACAAUUGCAAAAAAAUGUCAUUUCAUUGAAAAAUCGCUUUGUCUUUCAUUUAAUCAAAAUCAGAAAACACUUGCUGAUAUAUCCAUGAAUUUACUCAAUUCACCAGGUUGUGAUGUUGUUUUAGAUGUUUCUAAUAUUGGGAGCAGGGUCGUAAUGUUUGCCAAUUGUUUGUUUUGCCGAUUCGUGCAGUUUACAGCACAACAGCUCCUUGUUGUUUUCCUUCUCCGUUGACUCCACUAGUAAAAAAUCAAAAAAUAUCCUGCCCCAACACUGCGUGCGCGCAUACCUGCAAUGACGUUGCACAGAAACCCGUCUAUAUUUGCAAGUGACAAAUACAAUACAUUGAUAUACUGGGAAUGACCAUAAUGAUAGUAGAGGCUAAUUUGCAACAUCUUUCCCUAGAGAAUAAAACACUGAGACAGUACGUUAAAAAGAAAGAGGUCAAGGCAAGCAAAGGUUAGCGUAACACAAUAGACAGUUUGGCAGUGACACAGCUACAGGAAAUCAGACAUGAGAGCAAGUUUGUCUCUAAAAUAGCCACUACUUGGAUGUGUCAGAGUUUUCUCCCUCUUUGUAAAUAAUAUGUUUGAAGGAAGGAUAUUUUAUAGGAGAAAAGUUUACGAUCACCACUUAAAGUUUGAGUUUAGAUUUCCUUGAGGGAACCUUCCCAAAGGAAUAAAUAAAGUUGUAUUCAAUCUAAUCUAAUCUAAAGCUGCUCUGGUGAAUUGGCUGCAGCUGUGCACAAGUGUGAAAGGCUGAGGAAAAAGUCCAUGUUAACAGUGUGCAUUUGCCACAUUCAAACGCAAUGACUUGAAGCCUUUUGCAACAAAGCCCCCAAACCUGAUUUUAAUAUAAUCAAGUCUCUGAAAUGAAAAAUAGCAGAUUAUGGGUCCCCUCUGGCCACACCCCUGCCUAUCUCCUCUUUAAAAGUUCUUUUUUAUUAUCUACACUAUCCUGAAACUUUAUCUGACUUCCUCACUCUACGCUAUCUGAUCCUUGAUCUGCUCUCCAGGUGACCUCAUUUUGUAGGAGGAUGUUAUCAUCGUAUGUUUCAUGUCAUAUCAUCUGUCCUUUACUCAUCUGAUGGCAGAGGGCAGAGUUGUUUUGAAUUGUGUGUUGUGAAUUAUGUGAUCGUCUCUAUGCCACCGGGUAGCUCACCCCCUCCUAUUACCCCCCACCCCACUCUUGCCCUGACCUUGCAGCCUGUCCCUGUGUGGCAUUGCCUUACAGUGGCUCAGCAAGCCACCCUACACACAGCAACACACACUCACAAAACACACACACAUUGUCUCUGUAGCACACAUUCUGUGCAUAUUUUCACACACACAUAUUACAAGCAUACCCUCGCAGAGGCCUGCACCCCCCACACACACCCAUAGCAAUUGCAGAGAGUGCUUUGUGCAUUCACUGACUGACUGGGCAGCUACUGAAGAGAGAGAGGGUGAGUGAGAGAGAGUGAGAAAUAAGAGAGGGACAAAGAGAGAGAGAGGAUGGUGGGAGGAGGGAGAUGGAGACAGCAAGAGACAGAGGGAUUAAAAACAGGAGCUGUCCCAGACAGAUAGAGAAGAAGAGGACGAGAUAAAGCUCAUAGAGAGACACGUGAGACACAUCCAGUAAACAGUAACUGGUGGAAACAGGGGGAGAGAGGCAGGAAGGAGACUACAGAAAUAGGAAGGGAAACAGGGAUUGUCCAGCAGAGAGGAAGAGAGUGAGUUGUUGUUAAAGAGGCUGAGGGGGGGAACUGAUGGGAUGGCAUUGAUCUCUGGGAGUUGCCGGCUCCUGAGCCAGAUGGCGUCUUGUUGCUGCAGACCGCUGCUCAACUCUUGCUGCUGUGGACCCUUCAUCAAAGUCUGCCUCUCCUCCUUUACAGGUCUGUCCCAGCCUACUCUAUGUGCUUCUACAACUACUACUGCACCGUCUCGAGAUGAGUGCUUCAUUCAGAUAGACAGGAGCAUAGGUCUAGGUACAACAUGGGUAACACACUUAGCCAUGAAGGUAAAAAGGGCAUGGUGUGUUUCUGUUCUGUAGCAGCAUGACUGUGCUUGUGAUGACUCAAGCAGUCCUGUUGGUGCUAACCAUGCUCUGUGUUGUAGGAUGGAGAAGAAAAGGCUUUUGUCCUCUUCGGCCUAAUGUCAUAUUGCUUUGUGUUUCUAAGUUGUUCCCCUUUUGUGUUGUUGUGAAACGCUUUGCAACAAGAUAACACUGUUUUGUUGUGUUGUGGCACUGACAAAGCAUGGACAUAAAGAUGUGUUUUAAACAGAAUUGUUUCUUUUUUUUGUUAAUGUUUGGUCCUCAGUAUCUUUAUUGUUCAUUUAAAGUGGUGUCUGACUGUCUGUCUGAACACAUGUGGCGUUUUGACAGGGAAGCAGAGGAGUCAGGGACAGGGCAGCUGUGUUCGCUCGGAGGCUUUUCUGAUGUCAGUGCAGCUGUGUCCCUGCCUGUUGAACAUCACUAAAGUCCCCCAUACCCCCUCAUAACAACCUUACUAACCAAUGGCUUGUAUUUGGUCAUCCGAAUGUGAACUGCUGCAUCCAACUCCCUAUGUGAUAUUAACCUCCUCCGACAUGCAGGAACCGUUUUUAACAUUUUGAAAAAAUACACUAAUUUUGGUUUCCAGUGGAGGUGAGAGGAUUGAUAUCACUUCCAAGUUUGUCUGGUAAGGGCCUGUGUCCACUGGUUGCAUUAUAUGUAUACAACAAGUUAUAGGCAAUAUUGCCACUUCUUGCUUUUGAUUGGAUAGUGAUGGUGAUGAUGACAAAUGGCAGUAUGUCAAAAAAAUUCACUACUUUCACCUAAUGGCAGUGUGAGCACAGCGACAAAAAACUGCUGAUGCCACGGGUUUUGAACACAGAUUUUGUAUAUAUAAAAAGGAAACUACCAGUGUAAAAAAAGUGCUAAAACUUGCAUACAACUUUUAUAAUUAAACUAAAUAAAAUCUAAAGUAAAAAUAAUUUUGACCUGUUUGUAUUAUUAUUAUUAUUAUUAUUAUUAUUAUUAUUAUUAUUAUUAUUAUUAUUAUUAUUAUUAUCAAUUCAUUUAUUUUUAUUUUUUUAAUUAUUACUAUUAUUUUUAUCAGGGCUAUAUUCAAACUCAAAGCUAAAACUUUGUAGAGUCUCAGCUGCCUUAAUUUCCAUGGAAUUACAUGUCGAUCUGUGAAUUUCAGAUGUGCUGUUACACUUUUUUUUUUUUUUUUUUUUUGGGGGGGGGGGGGGGGGUCUUAUUCAUGCUAGCCAUUUCUUACAUUGUUUGUCAAAAGCUUACCAGCUGCUACGUAGUUCCAACUUCUUUUUGGCACACUUCACAGUAUCAAUCGUCACAUCUAGCUGUUGAUAGGGCUCAUGUCUUUGGAUUGACCUAAAUCAAAACUUUUGGAGGACGUUAUGCUAAACUUUUUAAGGAUUUAAAGGCAUUAAGCAAAAUAAUUGUGUUUUAGGGGUUGGGUGAAUUGAUUUGUUUCCGUUUUCACAGACAUCUCUCCUGCUGAGUUGGAUGCUCUUUGGAGGGAACCACCCUACACACUCGGGGGUGAACACUUCUCAGGAAAUGACAUCAUGACCCAAGGUAGACAACCUUAAGCAUCUUAAAGCUGAAAUCAUGUUGUUUUAAAGAGUUGUGUAAGUUUGGAGCUCAGACAGCUUCAUGGUGCUUGUUUGCGAACUGUGAGGCUGUAGGGUCACAUACAGAGGAAGUGUUUGGGACAUCCUCUUUGCACAAUGGAACGGACUAGGGGAAGCCCGUCACAACUUUACUGCUUUUAUGAAUUCAUCUCACUUUAGAGCUUUCAGAACUGUUUCCUGUGUGCUAUCAUAAACUCAAUCAGUUUAAUUUAUUUGAAAAUUAUGGAUUACAAUUUGAGGAAAUGCAUAACUAGUUCUGUCAAAUAAAGAAAAUGUUAUGGAGUGGUAUUCAGAAUAAACUGCAACAAGCUGUGGAUAAAUGUUUAUGUAGCCUGAGCUUACAGACAGUUUGUUGAGCAUAUUUUUUUUAGCUGUGAGGGAGCUAUAAGAAGUGGAUGAGAAGUCAAAACAUUUAGCUGAAGAUCUGGCGUGUGUAUAUAAGCUAAACGUUAGUAACAGGGUUGUGUUUUAUUUAAUUGUUUGAAGUUAUGGACUAAUUGCCUCAACCUAUUUCUAAAAUUUGUUGUACUGUUUUGCAUCAUCACCAAAUCCACCAAAUUUUGCUUCUCAGUACCAAAUAUUUGUUAAAGUUAUAUGUGACCACAUUAACCCUCUUGGCCUCUCAGAUCUCAAAAACUGCUGAUUGUGGUGUGAAAACUAACCAUGAGGAAACAGCUUCUAAUGAUUGUGCACUAUGGAGCUGAAACAAACUUCCAGAGGACAUUUACUGCAUUCACUUUAAAUACCUUUGUAUUUAGGUUAUAAACUUUUAUAGUCUACACUGACUAUGACUCAACCUCAAAUACCCUCCAUCAACCCUCAUCACUCUUUUCCUCAUGUUUUCAACACCAUAAACUUUGUCUCUUCCUGUUUUAAUUGUAUCUUUACACAUUUCCCUUUUAAUCAUCAACUCACAAGGUUAUCUGUUUCAAAAUAUAGAUCAGACACAUACAGAUAAAUUACACACGUAGUAAUCUAUUUAAUUAAAUCCAUCCAUUUCAGUGAGGUCAGUGGAGGAGAAUUUGAGGCACUCACGCAAAAAUGACUUUAACCUAAUGUUUUAAUUCAAAUGUGAAACCUGUGCCACAUGACUCCAAACUGUCCCCAGAUGUGAAUAAUUGAAUGGUAAAACAGUAAUUGCUUUCAUCAUCUUUGUCAUCUGUUAAUACUCUCCCAGUUAAAUCUCUGUGACCGUCUGGGACUGAUUGUCAUUGCAGCUCACUUUGAACCAACCUUUGACCAUCUUGAUUAAAUUGUUUCCACAUCUAUACACCUGCUUUUAUCCAAAGGAAACCAUAAUAAAAUACACGCUUAGGAAACACUGGAUUAAGUUGUGUAGCUUGAAAGAAAAGUCAUGCACAGUUAGGGCUGGGCGAUAAACCGAAAUUUUACAGAUUUACCAACAAUAACCAAUGUCAUUUUACCCAUGUCGAUAUAUUCAGUGUCACCCUAUCCAGUCCGUAACAAAGAGGGAAAGACAGGUGAGGAGAUGGAGGAUGGUUCAAAAGUUGUAGGUGGCUGAAGUAGACGAAGUUAAUGUGGAAGGGGGUGAGCAGCUUGUGGAGUAGUAAUCAUCCAUUUAUCAUUAUCGAGGUGAACUGCUCAAUAAAUCGUGAUAUUGAUUUGGGGCCAUAUGGCCCAGCCCUAUGCACAAUCUUCUUUUGGUGCGUAGUAUCUUAAUUCAGCAGCUUUAUUUUUUACCUGACUAUAUGUCUUCUCUCAGGUGCAAGUGAGGAGGAGGAUGGUCCUCUGGUGGAGUCAGGUGAGGGAGGGGCGGAGCCUGACAGCUACUGGAAGAAGAAAGAGGCCUUCCUUCGAGGAAGUACCAUGACGCUGGGAGAGAAGUUCUCUCCAGGUACAUUUGAUGAUGCUUCACUUUAGUCUAAUGCCUGACAUUAACAGCUACACUGAAAAUCUUGCUCGUGCAUUAGCCAGUCUAAACUAGUUUUCUUUUUACCACAGGAGCAUUUCUCAUGCAUAGCAUAUCCAUGCAUACUGAUGAAGCUUAUUCCCUGUCUACUAACGUUUUUACUCACUCAGCAGUUUAGCUCCAUCCAUCUCGCUCUCCCAGGUUCUUCCUCUCAAAUGGAUUUAAAAGGCCACACUGAGAGUCCAGUAAGACGCUGUAAUAGCUCCGGUGCUCUUCAGGGACUUUGGUUGUGCUCACAGAAUGUCUCACUGAAAUAUGUGCUCUCGUGAAAAUCUUUAAUGAACUCCUGAAAGUUUUAUCUCUUUUACUUGUAAAGAAGAGAGCAUUUUAUUCCAGUCUUAGUUUUAAUUUAGCUGUGUUUUAAUCACUGACAACAGACAGAAAAGCUCUGUCAGUUGUGCAAGUGCAAGUUGAAUUAGGAAGAGGAUUAUAAUAAAUUAUUUGUCCGUUUAUUCACUUGUAAAUUUUGGCACACAAUGGAUGCCAAGUCUUCACUCCAAGCUAAUCUUCCUCUCUAAGCAUAUUUGCAUGGAUUAGAUUUUAGUCCGUAUUGUUACAGUGGAAUAAAAACAAAGAAGUUAUUCAUCACAGCAUUCUUCUUGUCUUUUGUGAAGAAAUUGUCUUGUUGUUCACCGGACGGAGGCGCUCCAGUGGGGAUCCUGACCGCACCUUACAGGAGGCACUGCGCACCCGACUGCGAGUGGUGGAGAGCAACAGCCAGGAUGUCAUCCAACUCUUUAAAGUGAGUGACAGCCAGACCUGACGGUGCAGACAUUACAGGUGCAUUAAUGCACUACUUUAACCCAUCUGAAGAAACUAUGAGGUGCAUUAAGAUGUGAGGGACCGGAUAAUGCAAUGUGACGGUUUAUGCUGUGCACUUUAUGGCAAAGGAGGGAUGUUUUGUGAAACAUGUGACUCGUUUGUGUAGGACCUGUCUGCACGUCUGGUGUCAGUUCACGCUGAGAAGGACAGAUUUGUGCUCACAUUUAAGACAGUGGAGGAGAUCUGGAAGUUUUCAACCUACCUAGCCUUAGGUAAGAGACUUCAAACAUUUAACAACUUCCUCUCUCAGGUCCCUCAUGAACAGGAUAUUUUUUCUUACAGAGUAUGUUUUAACCUUACUGGGUUAAAGUGAGUCAGAAAGAGGUAUUGUACUAUUGGCACCAAUAGUGACAGAUGAACUAGAAUAAAGAGAAGUCAUUGAACAGAAUGCUGCUUUUUCUGCUAUACAAAUGGACUGAUUUCCUACAUACAAAUGUAAGCUUUAUAACCAGCCCAUAUAGUCCAUACAGUCCAUCUCUUGUAAGGAGACCUUGAUUGCUUUAAAGGUGCAUAUAAAUAAAAUCUAUUUUUUAGUUAUUAUUAUUAUUAUUAUUAUUAUUAUUAUUAUUAUUAUUAUUAUUAUUAUCAUUAUUAUUAUUAUUAUUAAUCAUGUAAUGUAUUAUUAUCAUUAUUGUUAUUAUUAUUAUUAUUAUUAUUAUUAUUAUUAUUAUUAUUAUUAUUUAUUUUGUAAUGUAUUAUUAUUAUUAUUAUUAUUAUUAUUAUUUAUUUAUUUUGUAAUGUAUUAUUAUUAUUAUUAUUAUUAUUAUUAUUAUUAUUAUUAUUAUUAUUUUGUAAUGUAUUAUUAUUAUUAUUAUUAUAAUUAUUAUCAAUGUAGUCUUAUUUUGCUACCCAUGCAGUGUGUCUGAUACAGCAUUUCACGUGCACAUGCUCUGUUGCAGGUUAUGUCGCUCGCUGUUUGGAAAACUUCCUGUGUGAUCAGUCUGUCUGGCUGGACCCGGAGCUGCUCAGUGACCUGGAGAUCAACGUGACUGUGGAUGAGGAACAUCUGGCCACCCUUUACCUUGGCCUAUUACUCCAGGAGGGUCAGUGAUGUGCCCUGUUUCAUUUUGUGGAUGUUGAGGAAGGCAUAUGACCUCAUCUUCCAAAUCCUCAAAUGUUUAAAGAGCUUUUUUUUAACUUCUUAACUCUUGUCACUUUAAUGAUUGAAUGCCAGCCCAGUUGCCAUUUGAUCUCCUUAUUUUUAAUCCACUUUCAGCGACCCCAAUUAACACCCUGGAAGCCUUAGGAAUAUGCUGCCAAAAGACUUUGAACAAAUCAAAGCAGUGGACUCUUAUUUUUAUUAGAAGAGUUUUUAAUUGUCCUCAGUUUAAUGGACUUAAAAUUAAAAGUCAGAGGAAUGAUUUCAUGUCUAUUCUUGUCUUCAGUUCAUUCAAUGUAGAAAGUGAAGUAACAAAGUCUUGGAUGUUUGUAUGCAUCAUAAGAUAAUCUGCUAAUGUACUCCUUUCCCUAAAGGAAUGCAUAUUGAUUUCCUCUAGCUAAAGCCUACACUACUUUCCCAGAGGCAAAAAGCUUCAUAGAAUUAUAUAAUAGGACUGCAGUGCAGGCAAGCAGUGAUGAGAAUUACAUUAACUUAAUAGAGGGAAAUAUAAAACAUCCAUCAUUUGGCGAAGACUGAAUGAGGGCGCACUAGUCAUAGCAAUUUUGCUGAUUUUAGACUUAAGUGUGUUGAUUUUUAGCAACACGAAAUGCUGACUGAGCCACUCUACAUGUCUCCUUAUAUACUUGUUUGUGGUCUUUACACAGGUGUGCAUGUGUGUGAAGAGCUGUGGUGAUUGAAUAUGUUAGAUAACCCACAUAUUUGUUUACAGGAUCCUUCUUUGCCAAAGCACUUUUCACAAGGAGUGAUCAGGAUGAAGAUGAUGAGGAGCAGCUGUCGUUCAAGAAGAAUGACUUACUUAUGGUGAGAGACACGGGUCAGGACAACAUGUGGGAGGGUACCAUGCUCUCUACAGGAAACCACGGCCUGGUGCCAGUCAACGCCAUGCAACCGCUGCCUUACCCCUUCUACCAGUGAGUCACAGCGUGUUCCUCAAAUGAGCCACUUCUCCUGCACAUGCCUCUCAUUACCCUGACAACAACAGCUUGAUUUAUUUGUUCUCUCUCGUGAGAGUGUUUGUCAAAAUACAGAGAGAAGCAGUAGAAAUGCUGUACAUUUAUGCAUGAGUUCCCGUAGUUUUAUUAAUUUGACUUCCUGUUUGGUCAGAUGGUUCCUGAGGAAGUAUCCGGGCAAUAUGGGCUGCACACCAACAGAAAAGGAACCAUUUGAACACCCCUUAGGUAAAGACUUUCUGCAUGGGAUGCUACGUAACAUGAACAAGAUUCUGCACAGUGUUGUACUGUUAGCUGCAGACUGAAAAACUAGGGCCCCACUGAUAUGAUGGAAGAGCUUAUCUUGGCAGGAGCACACGAGAGAUAUCAUUUAGUGCAAAUAGAACAAAAAUCUAAAACAAAAACUGUUUCUAAUCCUGAUCUGCUGUUCUCAGUGACAGGUUCCUGUGUAGCUGUGGUCGACCACAGUCCAGUGGGCCCAGAUGAGCUCCAGUUAAGUCAAGGUGAUAUUGUGGAGAUUGAAGGUUUGCUGCUCCGUGGCCUGGGUGUGUAUAUAGGGACACACACUUCCACUGGUCACACUGGUUUCGUACACAAAGCCCAUGUCAAACCUCUGGACACCAAACCCUUGUAAGUAAUGAUACAUCUUUCAUUGUUGGUUAAUGCAAACUGUGGCUCUAAUUUUGACCUCAAAGCUCUCUGUGGGCAUCAUAUCCAUGCGUCAGCUCCUGUUUAUAGUGCUGUGUUAAUCUCAUCUGAAAUCUGAUUUAGUGUUUUCUACAGUCUGGACAGGGUGGAUGUGGUGAGGAGGCUGAAGAGACAGCAGACGAGAUAAUGCUGUCUUUGUUUUGUCCACACAGAGACAGACAAUUGGUCUUUUUGACUGAGGAGGAGAGGGCUGGACUGGCCCAGGUCAACCCCUGCAGCUCAGAGCCAAGCGACAGCAGCCUGCUGGAAAGACUCUUCUCGUCUGACAUCAGCUCAGUAUACAGGCUCGGUAAGUAAUGGAACAACCAGGCUGGUAUACAGAUACUGUACUUUUAAAACUCAAAUAUAGGUCACGUUUGAUUUCAUGUGCUGUGCCUUUCCUACAAAUUACUGUUGUGUCAUUCUUGGAAAUACAAACAUGUUUCCAUCUGUAUCUUCAGUUGGAAAAUUGAGGCUUUAAUUGAUUUACCUUGUGUGUUUCCAGACAGACUGGAUAACACUGAUUUCAUGUACAUCAGGAAUCGGCCAAAACAUGGUAAUACUCUACAGUUUAUUGAAUCAGCUGUUUUUGUGCUUCAUGUUUAACCUGUUGAGCGAGCUCUCUGCUCAGUCAUGAAACACAACAACACAGCUACUGUUCAUUUAUUUAAUCCUUUUCUCAGGGCAUAAGGUCUCCACAAGCACCCGUCUGAGCGUCAUGUCGGACGCAAGCGGAGGGACACCCCCGUACCAAUCCUCCCCUCGCACCUCCGUCUCUCACUCCCAUCACCGCCUGUCUAUUUAUCACUCCCACAAUCCUCUGCCACAAGAGGGAGAGCGCCUGUCGUUCACUCUGGACGACACAUUCAGGGAACUGGACGAGUUCCAGGAAGACCCACCUCUCUUCUUGGAGGACAGCAGCUGGGAGGGGGAGGACUCAGAACUCAGUGACCCCACGCUGACCCUGCUCAACCAGGAACACUUUCAGGUCAGCAGAGACCAAUCUUUGCCUCUGUGUUAUCAUGUGUCUUUUACAUCUAAAAAUCUAAAUAAAAAAACAAGCAUUGGUAUAAGAUUUAAAAGUUAAAGUAACAACAGGUUAUAUUAAAUCAACCUUUUUACAGACGCUUAAAUCUUUUGUUUCAUCUUUCCUCCAGGAGGACUUCCUGCCCCUGUACGACCUGCAAUACUCCUUUCUGUGGGUGACCUUCAGCGGUAAAACAGAGGAUGAGCUAUCAGGGCACCUGGAGAGUGUCAGAGAGUGUGCAAAGAGGAUGGGGAUGCAUUGGGCACAUCGCCGAGCUUGUUUCCUCUUGGGGAGACUCUGUGCACGGAAGCUGAAGUUCUCUCAGGUUUGUUCCUUAUUUCCAGCAGUAAGAUAAAUGUUUACGAGUUUGGUUAGAGAACAACCAGCUGGAGCUACAGACACAGUUAUUUCAAACCUUUUGAAAUAUUGCAGUGUGAUAAUUCAACUGAAAUAAAACCCAUGUGUGUAUAAAUAUUCUUAGCUGUCAUUUUGUUGGAAUAAUAGGACAGAAACAAACUUUUAGGUGUGUGAUAAUAAAAGUGAUGCACACUGUGUUUUCUCCUGUCUUCAGGCACGUGUGUACUAUGAGGAAGCCCUCAGUGUUCAUGUUGACAGCUUCUCUGAUACUCCGCUCCUCAUCGCCCUCUACACAAACCUCACUGCCGUCUAUCUGAAGCAGCGGAUGACGGACAAACUGCCUCAGACUCUGGAGAAAGCCAGCGCCCUGCUUCUCAGCCUCCCCUGCCACACCUUUACCUCUACAGACGAGGUUGAGCUGCUGAAGCUUCUCCUGAGGAGGUCUGUAGUGAUGGGGGACAAACACCUGGAGGCUCGUGUCUGCUACCUCGUCUCCAGCCUCUUUCUUCUUCUCAGGAAGACAGACGACGCCCUACCUUUUGUUGAACGGCUUCAGUUUCUCUCCGUGUCUAUCUCUGGAGUUGAGGGACCUCCUAUUGUUCCCCUGGACCUUAACUGGCUCUUGAGCUGGUUGUAUCACCGUAAAUACAUGCCUUACCUGGCGCUGGCUUCUCUAAGCUUGGACUCAAGACAAGACCACUCCCUUCAUGAUGCUUUCCAGAGGAUUGAGUUGUUUAUCAAGAACUCUGUGCGUCUGAAUCCAUGCUGGAAAGAAGGGACUUCCCUCCUUCCUGCUCAGAUUGUGAUUUACCUUCAGCAGGCUCUGGCUAUAGCUGAGCGAGGGGAGGACUUGAAGACCCAGAGGGAUCUGUGUCAGGGCUUGGCUUCAGUUUACCAGCAGUAUGAUGCUCUGGAUAAAGCUGUAUGCUGUGCUCAGCAAGCUGUGGAAACUGGAGGCCAUAUCAAUGAAGAGGAAGGCUUUGAGGCCUCUGUGCUACUUGGAUGGUUGCUGGUGUUGACAGGUCAAGCAGAGAAAGCUCAGAGUGUCCUACAACCACUGCUCACAUCUCUCCAGGUACAGAAAACAAAGCUAUUCACCUUAAAAAAAAUCAUCAACUUGUGAAAAAUUCUGUGAAAAUAACUGCUCUGUAGUUUGUAUUUCACUUCAUGUCUAUGGUUUUCUCCAGGGCACAGACAGUCCCACACAGCGAGGUGUGAUCCACAACCUCUUGGCUCUGUGUCUAAGACAACAGGGUCACAUACAGGAGGCAGGUUGGCAUCUCCACUGCGCUCUGGUAAUCUCCAGGGAGAGUGGAAACCAAAGGAACCAGGCUCUGGCGUUAGCUAAUCUGGGCUGCUUGGCUUUGGAUGUGGGGGCAUCCUUGGUGGCAGAGCGCUUCCUAGUCAGGUAAGAUGUUGGUCUUAUCCUUUAGAUAAUCAGGAGCUGCUCAUCCAUUUAAUGGAGAAAGUGUUCAUUGUGAUGUUUUGGCAAUUCACAGAUCCCUGCGCCUUUUCCUGGAUCUUGGAGACAGCUCUACAGAUGAGGAGCAUGUUCAAACCUACCUUUGGCUUGGGCGGAGCUACAAAGACAGGGGGAGGAGUCAGGACAUCAGGGCGUGUUAUGAAAUGGGGCUACUGAUUGCGCUUCAUGCCAGAAACUUACUCAGUGAGUACAAGUUGACACAUCUAGAAUACUUUGAUUUCACCUAGAUGUCUUUCAAUCAAUAAAAGUUGGGUAAAAAAUUGGUUUUCAGCCAGUUAGCUUAGUCACUUAGCUCAGUGUAGCCUAGGUGAAAGACUAGAAAUUGUGAAAAAAUCUAGUACAGUGAAAAAAACCCAACAGCAUGCAUUAACUGAUUUUUAAUCCACAUAAAAAGUUAGCUAAAGUCAGUCAUGGUGUAGAACAGAGUCAGAGCUGGGUAUUUCCCAUGUUCUCUUAAUAUAAUAUGUAUCCAGAUGGGAUAUGUAUCACAAUAUGAUUUGUGUCAUGAUACAAUAGGUAUCACAAUAUGUGUAAAGAUAUGUAUUAAGAUAGGUGUUUCAAUACACAUUGAAGUUGGAUUAUUACCAAGGCCCAAACAGGAUUUGCAAGCUGUUCUUUAUUGUGAUGAAUAUAAGCAAAGGCUAGUGUCACUUAACAUUUAAAACAUGAAGAAAUGUUAGACUGAUAAUUUAGAACGGGAUGAGUAUAUCUGUUUUAUUUUCACAUUUGUCAGAUAAAGCAUAAGAGAUAGGAUUUGUGCAAAACUGGGAAUAUCACCUGUUAAGAAUAUCUCCUCACAGUGCCCCUGGUGGAUACAUGAAAGAACAAUAAUUAGAAUGGAAACAAUCUGAAAAUUGUAAUAAAUGUGCUGCAAACGUAUCUUCCUACACUAUUUCCUGGCCUGAGUACAGCAAACAUCAGCUCUUACUCGGGAUACAGUAGCUCUAGUUCAAUAUCAGAGAUGUAUCACACAGUGUUUUGUUUCAGGGAGAUGUAACGUAUCGGGUGAAUUUUCUUGCAGGUCAGAUGGUGGUAGCCAAGGUGCUGAGUCGACUGUAUGCUGACAUAAUGCUGUAUGGCCAGAGUAUUGUCUACUACGAGCACUGUGUGUCUGUGUCCAGAGAGCUCAAGGACAAGAGGCUGGAGGGAGAGUAUCUGGAAAUCCUCAGCAGCCUUUACCUGUCCCUCAACACGGAAAAGUCAGUUUCUUUCUCACCUUCCCGCUCAGUCUUCUUCUACAUUAUCAUGUCAAAACUUCUGUUAUUAAAAGACUCACUCUCUCUCAACUCUGUGUCAUGGUUUGUAGAUCAUCUCGUAAAUCUCUGGACUAUACUAAACAGAGUCUGAGGAUCUCUAUAGAUCUGGGAAAGAGAGAGGAGGAAUCAGAAACCUGGCUGCAGGUUGGACGUAUCUAUUACCUCAUACAGGAGGAUGAGCUUGCUGACAUGUACCUGCAGGUGAGUAGACGCAAAAACACAACUAUGUUAAGGUUUGAGGGAUAAUAUGAAGCACUGUAAAAUCUCACCUCACUCUUAAAAUAUCUGUUUACAUUAAAAAAAAAGUUAGAUUUCACUUUUAAACAUAUGGAUGUACUCUACUGUGAUCUGAUUGAUAGGCAGCAGUGAAGACAGCUCUCAGGAUGAAUGAUCCUCACUUUGCUAUGAGCAUCUACGAGGAGGCAGGAGACGUCUACUUUAAAGGCCACAGGAACAGAAUGGCUUCAGUUCCUUUCUUCAGGGUAAGAACGAAACCAUCCAAAUACUUUCACCUUGGCUAUACUUGGUUUCAAGUACUGAUAGAUGCAGAGUCAAACUUUGGCCAUGGAUGAUCUUACUUUUACAGAAGAUGUUUAACUCAAGAUAUAUGACUAGCUGUGAAAGCAAAAUUAGCCAUUCAAGCUAACAUUUUGUUUGUUUACCCAAGGCCAAGGGCUCAUUUAUACUCCCCUUAUGUGCCAAAGUACAUCUGUGAAUUUUAGACUGUGUAAUUGUCACAGGCCUUAUACUUAUAUAUAUCUUUUAAGUUGGAUUUGGUUAGGCAAUACAUCCACUAAAGGGCAAUCAAAAGUCAUAAAAAACAACAUAAACAGUGGAUGAUAGUGGAGAACUUUAUCUGCCAAAAAGAGGCAUAACUGAAGGCAGUCCCUCUGUACACUGUUGGCCUGUAAUCUACCUCGAGUAUAUCCAAAAGAUUUUUUCUGGUUUUGGAGAAACCACAGCGCAGUGUACUUGCUGAGCUAGCAGGCUGCUUACAGGCCAACAGACUUCCUCAUUAGUUUUCCAUUUGAUAGUCUAGUGAGGUAAUGGGGUUAGAAAGAUUCUUGUAUGGGACUCUGGAGGUAUCACCAGUUUAUUCAUGAAUUACAGACAUUGUGUACAAACGUAAGUGGAGAUGAGGAAUACCAUUUUGUUUAUAUUUAUUUGAAAAUACACAGAAAUAUAAAUAAAAUGAAGGCAGAGUCCAUAUCAGUCACAUUCACCGACUCUUUAAUUUUAUUACGAGCUGUUUCUGGAUUAGGCUUUCUGAAUUGGAAGUUUUGUGUAUUACCUACACAGGAUUUUUUCAGAACUCUUAAAGACUCCAUCAUCUUUGAUGUUUGUGUCUUUAAACUAUAAAUUAUCCCAAACUAAUUUCUGGCGGUGUUAGGGAAACUUUUUAUUAUCUAAUCUUAUUCAACUAAUUGUGUUUGUCUCCAGGAUGGCAGUCUGCCAUUUGCACGGAGCAUCAAAGACAUCCAUUCAGAGUUUCGUUUGCUGAGUAAACUUACUGAGUUAUUAAUGAACCAGGAUGAGCAGCAGGAGGCUCUGCAGUACGCCACACUGGCUGUUCAGAUUGGCAGCAAAACAGGUAUGGAGAAUAACCAACGUAUGUAGAAGAGUCUGCGCCUUUAAACCGUCAACUUGUUUUUAUAAUCAAAAGCCUUUAAGAAAUACUCAUGCAGACUCCAUUGUUUUUCUACAGGUGUGCAAGCAAAUGAGAGGACGGCCUAUCACAGGCUGGCUACAGUCUACUACAGCCUGCAACAGUAUGAGAUGGCUGAAAACUACUACCUCAAGUCCCUGUCCCUUUGUCCACCUGUCCUGCAGCACCCUAUGGAGGCUCGCUACUACACCAAAGUCUACUGCAGACUGGGCAAUCUGACUCUACACAAGCUGAAGGUACAGCAGCCAACAGAGUAAAUGCUGCAUGUUAGUCAAAUCAGCACUCUGCUAAACUUUUCACAUCUCUAGUACACAUAGCUGAUGAAAAUGAGACCUUCUAAUGUGAAGAUAAUAUGUUUAAUUCAGAUGAUACCUGAUCUCCCCUCUGCUUUGUGCUCUUUCCAGGAUGCUUAUGAUGCAGUGGGUUACUUCCAGCUGGCCCUCGCAGCGGCUCUGGAGGACGGAGCUAACCCUGAGGCUCUUUACGUGGUGUACAUGAAACUGGCUGAGAUCCACGGCAACCACAUGCCUGACGCUCACAUGUGCCAAGUUUACAGAGACAGAGCCCAGAGUCUGAAGAGAGUUCUGGCUGGAGAAGGAGGCGCUGCUGCUGCUGCCACCGCCGCUGCUGCUGCUGUGGGAAAGGAAAUCGUGGACGAAGCAAACACAGAGCCAGGCCAAAAAAAGGAAACCGAAAGUUUGGCUGAGAGAAAAAGCGAAUGCACUUUUAUGUCUGAAAACCCACAACAUGAAGAAAACUCAUUUCUAGGAGAUGCUGAUGAGAUAGGAGAUCAGAAAAGUAAUCAUAAUGACACAGACGGCCACUUUGUGGAUGCUUGUGAGACGGAAACCAUCGCCAGUCAUUCAUACAGUGACAGUAUUUUUACCGAGUCCUUUGACACUGCCAAGGAGCAGAUCUCAGACUCCAGCAGCUCCACUGACACUUUGCAAACUCACCAGGAUCAUAAAGAUGGGAAAAACUCAUCCUUUGAAGCUGCGCGUAGUGUGCACAGUCACUUACCUGCUAAACACACAAGUGACAUCGCCCAAGAAAACACAGAGUCUGAUUUUCAGGAUGAACAGAUUGAUGCUCAUGCAGAAAAAGAUGCCAGUCUUAAAGACAAUCAGCUUGACACUGACCACACAGAGACUGUGAGUGUAGACACUGAUAAAACCCUGGACAACACUUGUGAUUACACAGAGACAGAUAAAUCUGGUGACACACAGAGUGAGCACGUGGAUUUAGAUGAUGUCAACACAUAAUCAAACUCAAAAACCUAUAAUGUACUUCACUGACAUUUCCAUAGUCUGGUCACAUGUUUGUCGACCAGCAAAGUGUCUCUAACGUUCCAGCCACAUGGCACUUAAUGUAGGAAAAGAUGUUAAUACUGAGAUUUAGUACAUUUAAAGCAUGUGCCUUUUGUAAAAUAAAUACAGAGAUUAUCACAAUGUUUACUGGUUAUUGUAUUAUGCCUGUAAUAUAUGUUUUUUUUUAAGUGUUUUGUAUCUCUGGAAGAUAUAACUUUAAAAUAAAGAACGUUGAUUAUUUUUCCAUUGGAUUAUAUUGAUUCACUAAUGAGGUAAUUAUGUUUGCAUUGAGGAGCAGAACUCCUCAUAGAAGCUUUCAAAGUUCAACAAUUUUUUUGACAUUUAAAGGGAGAUGAAGAGUCACUUAAAGAGAAGUUAUGCAAUUAUUGUGACUGGAUUCUGACCUGACCACACCUAGCCAAAUGGUUGUCCAGAUUGUUACCGACCAAAGCUGAUAUGAAUGCUGCUUUUAAAGUGGCAUUUGCAUAGACUUUAUGGCAAAAUUCAGUUGAAAGACAAUGUUAUGAAACAGUAUUUGAUUAGUUAAAGUAUGGAGUGCAUGUUAUUUAUUUGUACAAUCAUCAGCAAGCUAGGAAAAGAUCCUCACCUUCAGACAAACUGAAAGAAAGCAUUGUAAGUACCUCUGUGUAUGAUUGAUUCAAUCAGUUUAUAGUUUAUCAUCAAAGUGUAACUCCAUGACAGAUAGUAUACAUUCAUUUAUGGUACAUGGUUGAUCGAUAUCCUGAGCUUUUACAAUAAACAACAGACAUUUGGCAUAGCUCCACAGAAGAAAAAAAGAAGCAGGUUUGGUUUACUGUGAGUUUUAAUUCCUAAGAUAUGAAGCUGAUGAUUUGAUUUUCUAAUUUAGUUCCUUCUCUUCCUCCUCAAACUGAAAUUAUGUUUCACAAAAGCCCUGUAGGCCAUCAAAAUGAUAAACUGUUGACAGCAAGAGAAACAAGGGUUGACAAUAAAGGGAACAUCAAACAAGAUUCGGUUAGGAAUGUUCCCUUGUUGGUAGACAUUAGUUCCUUAUUAUUUGUACAGUCAUGUACCAGGAAGAGCUAAAACACAAAGGACGGGAAACCUUUCAUAAACUUCUUCUAAAGUGUUCAAGUGGUUUUUGAUGUGUCUGUCAAAUGUACUGCAACUAUGCACCACUAACAGAAAAGUGGCCGAAAAUGUUUAUAUGCUAAUGCAGGUCUUAAGGUCGCCACUAGAGGUCGCUAUCAUGUUGAUUUUAAGUUUUGCCCUUGAAGCAAACAUGCUGGUGUUGUUCCCCAGAGAAGCCAGAAGAGGGCGGUUAAACGUUGCUCUUUUCUGCAGCUGUGUUUCAGCAGCUGCAGCCGAAACUCUUUUGAAGGUAAGAGAAGAAAAGGAAAUGUACAAGAGUCACGUCACUUAGCUGGAGAGUAUUUGCCUCUCGGUCACAUUUUGGGGCUGAAUUUAAAAUCUAAUGCAGGAAUUUUAAUGCUAAAAUUUUCAAUUGAGUCAAUGAGAAUUAAAGAUGCUGAUUUUAUUCCAAAAUGCAUACGCUAAAAAGAAACAAGACUUAACAGUACAGCUUAAAUUUGAUAAUUUUUUUGUAAAACAGUAUAUCUAAUAUGAUCUACCUCUCUUGGAGUUUUUACAUUUUAACCUCUGAGCAUUUUAAAGGUACUUUGUUGAUGUAAAAAUGAACAAGACAACAAGUAAGAGAGAGGAGGAGAGGACAGGAGUGGCCAAACAACAACUGCGGAGGAUUAGUUUGUUGUGUUGCAACGAGUCAAAGGAAGGAAUGUUUGCACAUACACACAGUCCGCAUGCUGAAUGAUGUUGUGAGGCGUCUUCCUUCCCCCCACAGGCAUGAGUUUAAACACAAGUUCAAAACAGGUCCAAGUGUGCCAAAACAAGCACUGAAUUGUUCUUCCUUAUUAAGUAUUCCCAUGGACACUUUGAAAUGAUCUCACAGGACGUUUGCGCGAUAAGUUUAUGUUUAUCACACCAAUGAAUUCACAUGUGGAUUUACAGAAGCUCGUUACAAUCAGAAGGAUUAAGUUUCACAAGAUACAAUGAUCUUGUGUGACCUAAAAGCUUUCCAAACAAACAGUAUGUUAAACCCUGAGUGCAUAGGAGGUUAAAUUAUUUGCCUAAGGAGCGGCUGAAGUAAGAUAAACAAGAUAUAAAAAAAUAAAGAGGAUUUUUAAUCUCACAUCUACAGGCGGGAAAGUUCCAAGAAUUUGUAAUAUAAGUUUAUGACUGAAUUUAUGAAUAACUUUACGCGAAAAAAAGUCAUGCACACUAUUUAUUUUCCAACAGCAACAGUAUUAUUGUUGUUCAGAGCAUUUGUAGACUUAGAUCAUUUCCAAAUAUAGCAAUACUUAAAAAAUACUCAUACUGAGAGCUAAUUCUGAGGAUCAUUUGGGGAUAUUUAGGAGAGUUUCACCUGUUACAUACAGCACGAGACUCAGCUCUGACUAACACUUAUACGGUCAGUAAACAUGAGCAAACUGUACGUGAGGUGAAGUUUUAUGCACCAAUAAAAUAAAAAGGGAAAGUGUCAGCCUUUCAUGUCUCUUUUGUGCAAACAAAAUAUGUCACGUUUGCAACAGCGAGAAGAAAAACAAACAGCAAAGGCUAAGAGACAACUGAGGUACUGUAUACAGUUAGUUUUGCAUAUUCACUUUCAAUAUCAUGAGGAUGCUUGGCCCUGACUGAGGACACAAGAAUGCAAAUGUUGUUUCAAGGUAAAAGAAAUGAAAAUGAGCUGCCAGUGGAUGAAAGUACGUAGUUAAAGACAAUACAGUUUUAUUUUUUAUCCAGGUUUUAAAGGAAGACAGGCUACAGAAAGCAUGUAAACAAAUACAUUUCUGGUUGGUGUUUUAAUUCUCCUAUAGCAAAAAGUUCCAAAAGUUUGAGGUUUGUUUCAUUUUAGUGAACUUUUUCAUUGUGGUAUUAAUGGUAAAUGAGCAUCUUAUUUUAUAUCUCUUGAUAGCACUUUUAUGUUACAUGUUACAUUCACUUUUACACACACAUUCAAGCUGCUACACCAAAUUCCCAUAAAGACACAGAUAGUUUUGCCUUCAGGAGAAACUUGAGGUACAGUCUGUUGCCUGGGGACUGUUUGGUGAGUAGAAAGAGGAGCUGUGGAUCAAACCACAAACCUCUCCACUGAGAGACAACCCACUCUGGCCCUGAGCUAAGCUGCCUGAGCCUACUCUUAUAUAGAAGCUUUGAAGACUUACAGGCCCCCCCAACCCCACACAGGCACAGCAGCAUAUUAGAAGUUAUAUUACUGAAAGUGACGCCUUUACAGAGAAUGUGUGAGGCGAGCUGUAAGCACCCAUUUUGCACCCCCUUUGGCCUCAUCUGCGAACAUUCAGUAUCGUUACAUUACCUGCCGUCAUAACUUCACAGCGUGUGGUUCUCAACAUUCAUGUGAGGCUUUAUACAUGGAACAGCCCCAGAUUUCUGGAACAGCUCCCUCUGGACCCAACUUUCAAAGGAGUCAUAAGUGGAGUGGUGAACAGAAACUGCUCUGUUGUGUGUUGUGUCCAGAAAUGUAGACACUUGCCACUGACUUCUGGCACCUCUGAGUCUGUGUCACAUAUAAUUUAACAGUUAAAGAAAAGACCAUCAAAUAUGUUUCUCGUGAGGCUGACAGCUCACUGUAGAUUGGGUCUACUCUGCCACACAAAUUUGCUAAUUUUGAGAGAUCCCAACCAAAGCGUUCAUCUCACGUUAAGCGUAUGCUCCGGGACGUUAACUUGUCAUCAGAAGGCUCAUUCAUUUUUGCACUGCUGACUCAACACGCGCUCCUCUGCCUGCAGCGCACUAAUCAGCCGUUUGGUCUGGGGGGCGUCAAAGAGACAGAACUAUGGCCAAACCAAAUAAGUGAUUCAGACAGCACCAAUGACACGCAGACACAUGUGGACAUCUUUAUGAACCAAGAGGGAAAGGAAAUUAAAGUGAAGGAAAGGGUAGAGAGACUUCUACACACCUCCCCCUAGCCAUCUCAGUACACCCUCCACCUCUUCACCCUCCAUCUCAACACAGACCUUGCCAAGCAUCAUUGUGAACCAGGUUAGAGGUCAGCUGGGGAAGCUACACCCCAGGAAAGCAGUCGGUCUGGACAAGGUGUGCCCCAGACAGCUAAAGACCUGUGCUGCUGAACUGUGUGAACCGCUUCAACAAAUCUUCAACCUCAGCCUGCAGCUGAGGAGAGUGCCCACCCUCUGGAAGACAUCCUGCAUUAUUCCAGUACCUGAGAAGAACCGACACCGAUGGUACUCACUUCACAUCUGAUGAAGAAGAUGGAGCAGCAUACCAGACAGAUAUUGGUAUAGAGUACGCCAUCCUCUACCAUCUCUAACAAGCCCACUUGAAUCUGGAUGAGGUAGGUGGCACCAUGAGGAUCCUCUUCCUGGAUUUCUUGAAUGCCUUCGAUACUAUCUAAACCCCUUUUGCUCGAGGACAAACUGAGAAGAAUGCGAGUGGAUCUCUGUCUGGUCACUGAUUUUCAGUUACCUCACCAACGAACUGCAGUACGUCAGGCUGAAGGAUAUCAGGUCUAUCAGCUAAUUAACUUACACUGAUCAGCUGCACCGGAGCACCUCAGAGGAUGGUGUUGGCCCCUCCAUUUUUGACCCUGUACACCGCAGACUUCUGCUACAACCCUGAUCUGUAACACAUCUACAGGUUCGCCAAUGACACCAUCAUUGUGUGUAUUAGAGACAACAAAGAGGAGGAGUACAGGGGCCUACUGAAGGAUCUUGCUGCCUGGUGCCACAGGCACCAUCUGCACCUCAACACCUCGAAGACCAAGGAGCUAGUCAUUGACUUUGGGAGGUUCAGGCUAAGGUCUGCAACACUAGGGAGUUAAAUAAGAAAACUGGACAUGAAAAAGUGUCUUCGAAGUGUCUGUCUCUCUUUGUUUUUUUUAACAAUAUAAUAACACAAGCCAUGGUCCACUUGAUAUGUUUGCCUUAUAAAAAUUCACUGAGUUAGCUACUGACAGGAAGCACUGAGCUGAAAUAACAAACUUGUGUCACCGCCAACAUUUGAGUUUCAAAAUAUGGGGGGAGUGGUGUUCAUCAUACCUGCAGCUGUAAAAACUGUAAUGGACGCUUCUUUCUAACAGGUGGUUGUAAAGGCGGUUAAAUAAUCUAAGGUGUAUUCAAGUAUAAUCUGUUUUGUUCAUGUGGAUAUGUGUAUUUUCUAUGACUAGGGCCACAAAAUCGUUUCUUUAGAGAAACAACAAAAUAGUAGGUAAAGCAGGAGAUGGGCCUAAAAUACAAGACAGUGUUGGAAAGUUUGAACUCUAAAGCCAUCACUGUGUUCGCCUGGUUAUUCUAGGAGUUAUGCAAAACCAAUAUGCACAAAUAUGAAAUUUCUAAGUAUAGAAGUGGCUGGUACAUUGCCAAUCUCACUGCAGGUGAAGGAGCACAUUUGCAUUGUGUCUGUAAAUAGUACAAGAACAAAUGGGUCUUCUGAUGGCAAAGUAAAAAAAAAAAAAUCCCAGUGGAGCGUCUCUAAAAUUAGCUAAUUAAUGUGCCAGAGUUGACCCUGUCUAAACUGAUAGCCCAGCGAGCCUGCCCAUUGUGGCUGAUACAUUCACUAGUGACACGUUACUCAAACAACCUCACUUUAAAAAUACUGAAAUAUCCCUUUAAGUUCCCAUUUAACAAGAGAAUUCAAAAAGACACUCACACAUUUGUGGAGGCGAUGUCAUAAAAGCACUUGUCACCACAGGCUCCGUCACAGUGGAGGUAGUGUGCGUCUGUCACAGUGAACCGGAGCAGGAGGAGCAGGCCAAGUAGACAGCUAGCUAAUUAACUGAUCACGAAUCAUGUUAUGAUCCUCUAGAUAAAUAAAUAUACUUAUACUAUAAUGGCUUAUCAAAUAUACUCAGGCCUCCAUUGAUAUACAUGUGUGAUGUCAAGAUAAAGCCUACGUGAGGCAAACACCGGAUGUUAAUCAGUUAUAUUGCUCACAUUGCAGACACCAUCCUGGUGGGAAGGAAACUUCCUGCAGACACUCGUGCUUAGAUGAGGCCCUACACUGGGUGUGUUAUAAAAAGGGAUAGCACUGCAGGUAACUCUGAUAUGUGAUAACCAACAAUAUGACAUUGCACCCAUGCAUUUUUCUCUGAGCUUGCCCUAUUUUUGCAGGGAGAAAACACAAACUGUCAUGUGUAUAUUUGUAACAUGGAACUGAGCACUCCUGCAUGUCUGAAUGAGACACAGUGCCAGUUUUUGAUGACCUGGUUUAAGAAGGGCAUGUUUGCAGUGCAGGAUAGGACAACCGCACUCUGACUCAUUUUUGUACCCUGCCCUGUCCUUCACAUGGAAAAUAACUCUCAUCAGCGGAUAAUAUCCCGCACUCUUGUAACAGAUGAAUGACUUUAUCACAUCACCAAGCCAACACACACUCGUCUGCAGGUUUUUGUUUUUUUUUUUUCAUCUUGUUCUGUUGUAGGUAAUCAGAAAGUGUGUGCUCUUAAUAACAUUAAUGAGACGUCACUUUCAGGUUGACUGAUCCCACAGAGAACAAAAACACAUCCUCUCAGCCAUCGUGCUCUUGUAACCUCACUAAGGUCAGGAUGAAAGUUUGGCCAGCACUUGUAACUCUGGUUUCACUCAGUUUGGAUUUUUACUGGAGAAGGCUCAUGUUGACUACAACUGUCAGCUCACUGUGGUCAUGACCUAAAUAUUUCGUUGUAAAUGUCUUGGAUCUUAUAUGGUUCAAAUAACAGAUUUUUCAAGUCCAGUUUGAUUUGAACUGGUCUAGUUAAAACUGAAAAUAAACACAUUUUUAAGUAGCCUCGGGGUGUCACAUUUUUCUAAGGUGGAAAAUGUUUUCAUCAUUUUUGAUUUGAUCUGUGAAAAAUGGACUUUCACAAUGAUACCAUCUCUAACAGUGCUGCAGCUGGAUAGCAGGUCCAUCUGGAUAAAAACAUAAAAGGCCCACUGGUUGCUAAGCUUUGAAUAAGGGCAGUCACAAUAUCAGAUUUUUACUUCACGAUCAUCAUGGCCAUCAAAUAUCACAAUAAUGCUUCUAUCUCAAUAUUAUUGGGAAACUUGAAAAUAAAACACCAACAGUCAAAUUUAGGAACAAAGGUGGAGCAGCACAUCACUUCAUAAACUUGACUUUAAACAAGAUGCUGCUUCAUUAAAAUAUUGUUUGUCAUGCUUUUAUUUUAUAUUUUUUUCUGUCAAAGUUGCUUUAAAUUCAGCAAUUUGUUUUCAUUUUGAAGUAUUUGAUUUACAGUAUUGUAAGUCACACAAUUAAAAGACGACAAUUAAAAUCAGGGUUAAAAAGUGAAAAUGUUCAUUUGAUAGGUAUCUUGCAGAGGCACAAGGUCUAAUGUUGUUUUUGGAUAUACAGUAAAUCUUGUUCAUUGUUUUUUUUAAAGAUGGUUAUCGCCAAUACUGACAGCCCUGCUUUGAAUGUGACCUGUUUCUAACCCUGAUCUUCUGUUCCGCUUGUUUUUACAGUCAAAUUUUCUCUUCUUGCCACAAAGAAUUGUUCUUUGAAUUAAAAGUUUUAAUCUGUUAACUGAUGAGUUAGGCUAUAUUAGUAUUGAACUGCAAAAUUCAGAGUCCAUGAUCUGUUACUGUCACAAAUAACUGCUCAUUCAUAUUCAAAAAAAAAAAAAAAUGAGCCAGUGGGGCAAUAAAGCAAGUUGAGAUA